AUGCAUGAACUUCCGCUUCCGGAAAUUUUUGACUUGAUUGUUGUGCCGACCCUAAACAUGGCGGCAUUGCUGAAAAAACGUGCUUUGGCGGAAUUUAGUCAAGUUAUUCAGGAAGAAUCAAGACCAUUGAAACUUCUUCGUUUAGUAAAGAAACCAGUUGGACCUGCUAUUGAACUUAAUCUCCAGUCAGCCACAAGUUCUCAGGAAUGUCUACAAAUUCUGCUGAAACUUGAGGAAAGCCUUCCCAUUGAUGGCGAAAAUAUCUCUGCUGUUUUACGAGAACUGCUUGACCAUUUCUCACGAGAGAAAGAGGCUAUGGUUCGUUGCAAAAUUGCCAACAUAGUAAGAGAGCUUGCCAGAAUUCCGGGCUUUAAUCAUGAUCUUUACACCAAUGAAAUCCUAGCCCUGCUGAAAACAGAAAAAUCUCAUCGGGUCAUCAGUCAGCUGAUUGAAUCAAUGAUUGUGAUUGGUCAGAUUGAGUAUAACAAUUCUGAUAUGCAAGAAAAGCUUAUUUCAACUGCCUUUAAGCAUUUAUCCGACUCUAGUCAUCUUGUUCGAAGCAGUUGCCUUGAGUUACUGGGAAAGUUGGGCACAGCUGAUAGUCAGCCUGGCACUAGUCGGUUGCCUUUACAGAAAGUCAUGGUUGACCACAUGGAUGAUCAAGAUUCCAGGGUACGAAGAAGUGCCUUUUUGGCUAUUUUAAAUUUACAUCAACGAGGCAUUCAAGUUGACUUAGCCAUGUAUGACCAUUGCUGUCGCUCUUUGAAAGAUGAUUAUGAAGGAGUCAGAAUAUCUGCUGUCAAACUGAUUUGGGUUUUGUGCAAUCUUUACCCGGAAAGUAUGGUUCCAGUAGCUGAUACUGGAGAAGAGAUUCGACUGGUGGAUGAUGGUUUUGUGAAAAUCUGCAACACUAUUAAUGAUUUAUCUAUGAAAGUACGCAAGGAAGCAGCUAGCUUAUUGGGAUCUCUUCAUUUAGUAAGCCCUCGAUUUUUGGAACAGACAUUAGACAAGAAAUUGAUGUCAAAUAUGAGGAGAAAGCGAACUGCUCAUGAACGUGCCCGUGAAAACUACAUGUCUGGGGAGUGGUCAACAGGCCAGAAAUUUGGCGAUGAUGCACCAAAUGAAGAAAUUGAUCCUGAUAACAUCAGUUUGAUGAACAGUGGUGCCUGUGGUGCAUUUAUUCAUGGCCUGGAAGAUGAAUAUUUAGAAGUUCGCAAUGCAGCAUUGGAUUCUUUAUGUGAGUUGUCUGCACAUUCUCCAAGUUUUGCUCGAAUGGCCCAGGACAGCCUUAUUGAUAUGUUCAACGAUGAAAUAGAAAUGGUUCGACUAAAUGCCAUAAAUAGCAUGCAGAAAAUCAGUGCACAUGUUGUCCUGCGAGAAGAUCAGCUUGAAGUCGUUCUUGGUGUGCUGCAGGAUUUCAACUUCAUUGUCCGGGAAGCUUUGCGAGAAAUGCUUGGCAACAUGAAUCUGGCUACAAGCUCCUCUUUAAACCAGUGCAUAAUGCGACUUCUUGACAAUUUAAAACGUUAUCCCCAAGACAGAUUAUCUAUAUGGAGAUGCAUGAAAAAACUUGGUCAUAAAGUUCCCAACCUAACAUUGUCCCUUGUUCCAGAUUUAUUGUGUAUCCAGCCAUAUUUCUCCACACCAGAACCUGAUAUGGAUGAUCCUGCCUAUAUCCUUUUUUUGAAGUUAGGCCAUGUAGCACAGGAUUGCUUGGGAAACGAGUCCGGGGACAAGGUGCUGUUGCAACUCUCGGUCAGUAAAUGCGGCAUUGCCUGUUGUCAACGUGUCGUUGAGGGUAAACGAUGUUCGGGCGCCGUUGACACUGGAUGUUCCCGAUCGUCGUUAGUGCGGAUCGAUCGUGACAUGGAACAGUCAACAAAUCGAGAUUUGGACGAUUGA